CGCCAAAAACCGUAAACCGCGGCAAGCUGAUCGAGAAAGAGGAAGAGCGAGACAUAAAUGCCACAAAGUAGAUCAGGAACCCAAUUAACUAAUUGCUGACGUUGGUGAAUUGUCAACUCGACAGAUAGCGAAUUCGCAUCGCGAUGGUUAACAAAGAGAACGCUCUCAGUGUGGGCCAGCAGGUGAAGUGGAUCGGAGGCCAAGACAUACUGCCGCCGGUGAAGAAUCUCGAGCACAAGAACGUUUACUUCUACCAGAAGUGCAUCUACGGCCCGCUCACUUUGACUGUGGGCGACUUCAUAUUGGUGUCCAACGCGGAUGCAGCCGAGCCGGACACAGUGGCCGGAUGCGACGUGGCCCGGAUCCUGCACAUGUACGAACUGCGCGAGGUGACCGACCGCGACCCCUACCGCGCCAUCGUCCAGUGGUACUCCUGGCCAACGGCCAUUCCGCACAAAAAGUUCGACGACGACAACGUGGCCAUCGACUUCAGCCUGGAGGUGAUCGAGGAGCAUCGGCCGUACGACAACGACGUAGCCCUCGGCGCCAUCUACCGCAAGUGCAUCGUCCUGGAAGGCACAUCGCAAUCCUCCGCGCAGGGGAUCCUCAAGCGCUACUCCGGCAAACUUAAGACCACCACCUGCCCCAUGUUUGUCAGCCGGUACCGGUUCGUCCGGGUGAAGCGGACCUAUCACUUGAUUCCCCUAGAAAUCCACCUGGAGCAGCCGGAGGAAAAAGCCCGUUCCUCGCGCAAAUCCCUAACUGCUCACAAGGAGUCUAAGCGGUCGGCCUCCGCGCGCAAGGAUGCCGCCGCUGGCGAAGCCGCGCUGGAAAAGCGACGACGCUCCUCCAUGGCAGCGGCCAGUUCCGUGGAGUUCAUCGAUGUCAACUACUUCAACUGCGAGAACAAGGUGUCGCCCAUCAAGAUCGUGGGCGGUCGCAGUGUGGUGCGGAUGUCGGAGAAGAAGCAAGCGGCCCCCGAGAUCAAUGCCAACUAUCUACCGGCCUCGCCGCUCACCGAAAAGAAUGCCAAGGUGGAGACGCCCAAGUCCCGCGCUUCGGCCGCAAGGCGCAACCUCAAUCUCAGCCUGGACCGCGGAGCGGACUCCACAGCCGACUCAGACUGCCUGAACUACUCGAUUGUGCAGCAGACACCCGACCCCAAGACGCCGUCCAACGACAUGAAGAUUAAGCUGCGCAUUUCGGAGAGGAGGCGUUCCGUGCGUCUCGCCUCGAUGGACGAAGACCCGCUGUCGCUCGAAGUGGCCACAGAAGCACCCAGCACCCAGGGACGCAAGCGACUGGGUGUGUCCAACGGCGACAUCUAUCACACGCCCACCAAGAAGUCCAAGGAGCUGCUGGAAACGGCGGCCGGCACCGAACUGACGCCUUCGACAAGACGCAAGAGCAUCUUGAAGUCAGCCACCAGUCGAUUGGCCGAGGGCACACCGAGACGUAGUAUUCAUCUGUCGAACAUUGUGGAGCAGCGCGUGUUCAAGGAAGAUGAGGUCAUAUCCACACCGAAGAGAGGGCGGCCGAGCAAGAAAAGCAUCCAGGACGCCGACGAGGACUACUCGCCAAAGAAGUCGCUGCAAAAGACGCCUACGCGACCGCGUCGUUCCAGCACCACGACCAAGCCAGCGGCGACUCCCAGCAAGGGGAUAGCAACCACAACCACAACGGCUGCCCCGAUGACGCCCUCGCAGAAGAUGAAGAAGAUCCGGGCCGGCGAGCUGAGUCCCAGCAUGCAGCAGCGCACGGACCGUCCGGCAAAGGACGCCAGCAAAUCGGAACUGCAGCUUGCACGCGAACAGCUUCACGUGUCCGUGGUGCCCAAAAGUCUGCCCUGCCGCGAACGGGAGUUCGAGAACAUCUACGCCUUCCUGGAGGGCAAGAUCCAGGACCAGUGCGGAGGCUGUAUGUAUGUGUCCGGAGUUCCGGGCACUGGCAAAACAGCCACUGUGACCGGCGUCAUACGCACCCUGCAGCGCAUGGCCAAUCGGAACGAGCUGCCCGCCUUCGAGUUCCUGGAGAUUAACGGCAUGCGGCUGACGGAGCCGCGCCAGGCUUACGUGCAGAUCUACAAGCAGCUCACGGGCAAGACUGUGUCCUGGGAGCAGGCGCACUCUCUGCUGGAGAAGCGCUUCACGACUCCGGCACCGCGAAGAGUCACCACUGUGCUGCUGGUUGAUGAGCUGGACAUCUUGUGCAACCGGCGCCAGGAUGUGGUGUAUAACCUGCUUGACUGGCCCACCAAGUCGGCGGCCAAACUGGUGGUGGUCACUAUUGCCAACACCAUGGAUUUGCCGGAGCGCCUGCUAAUGGGCAAAGUCACCUCUCGUCUGGGACUGACCCGACUCACCUACCAGCCGUACAGUCACAAACAGCUGCAGGAGAUCGUCACCGCCCGUUUGGGCGGAUCGGAGGCCUUCAAGGGCGAGGCCGUGCAGCUGGUGGCGCGCAAGGUGGCCGCCGUCUCCGGUGACGCUCGUCGAGCUCUGGACAUCUGCCGGCGGGCCACGGAAAUCGCCGAUACCGCUUCGGUGAAGUGCGUGACCAUGCUGCACGUGCAGCAGGCUUUGGCGGAGAUGAUAGCCAGCGCCAAGGUGCAGGCCAUCAAAAACUGCUCGCGGUUGGAGCAGAUCUUUCUGCAGGCGGUCGCUGCGGAGGUCACACGCACCGGAGUCGAGGAGACGACCUUCAUGGGCGUCUACCUGCAGGUGGAGACCAUCGCUGCCUUCAUGGGCGUGACCACUCCCCCACCAGGACGUGCUCUUCGCGUGUGUGCCAAGCUGGGCGCCGAACGACUCAUCAUUAGCGAACACUCGCGCAAUGAUCUCUUCCAGAAAAUCCUGCUCAACGUCAGCGCCGAUGACAUUCACUAUGCCCUUCGUGUGGGAGAUGUGGCCAACUGAUUGAGCACUCAAGAGCAAAGGAGUGGCGCAAAGGAGUAGCCAACAAACUCAAAGAAAAUUUUUUACAUUUUGACCUUCAUU